CCCACUCUCGGCAUUGCCGGACGCAGCAAAUUCCUCAGGCCGCAGGGAGACAGCAGUACGGGCGCAGAGCUGACUAGCGUCCAGUUGUCAGGAAGUAGGGCGACGCACUUUGUGCCUGCUUAGCUGUUUGUCGGCUGUUCGCCUCCGACCUGCGAAGUCAGCAACAUCGGGCUGUGGCGCAUUUAACGACAGUUGGCAACAGGAUUUCGUUGCAGCAUGGCGAGCUCCCGUUGUGCCCUCCUCUUCAUCGCUGCCGUACUGCUACUCCUGGUGGGCUGCCACGCCAAGGCAGUAGGCUCUCCUAAGCCACAGUGGCUGUCCGACCUGGAAGAAGAGACGGAGAAGGCAACAAGUGACGCCAAGGACGUGAUCAGCAGGACGGCCAGGGCGGACAGAGAGAUGGCGCAGUGGGCUGUCAAAGACGCCAAGGACGAAGCAGCCAACGCCGUCCGCGACACGAAGGACGUGCUGCAGGAAGCGGUCCGUCGCGCCAACCACACGCCGCGGCCCCUCACCGAGCUGGAAAAAGCCGAGCAGCGGAACAUGGUUUUCGACAGGAUGCUGCAGCUCGUCAACAUCUUUGGACAGGUGGAGAAUUACUUGGCCUCGAAGAUACGCAACGCCGUGACAACAGUGGCUCUGGUGGUGGACCACGACUACAACGAUCGACUGGAAAGAGCCAACAAGUGGCGCACCUCAACGAGCUGAUUCCUUUCAAGAAGAGAAGUCGCGUCACUGUCCACAAAUUUCUGCGAUAUUCACAGGAAUACGCCUUCCGAGAGCAUGUAUGCGAGAUAGAAUAGGACAGUACAUUAAUGUAGUGUCGUCUCUCGUUGAUCACUACCCUUUCAAUUUUCAUUAACAGGUGUUUUCUUUACUUUCAAAGUGGAAGUUUCAGCGAGAGACUAUCAUUAAGCAGCAAUAUGGCUGCACAUACUUUCUUAUUUUUGUAAAUUUAAUUUAUUUACUGUGAAAUAAAACAUAAUGUUUUGUUGUC